AUGUCUAACUCUGACGCCUCGAUAGAUCCCUUGCUCCGAAGCAUUGCAUCUGCAUCACCGUUUAAGUCCUGCUCCCCUAUUGCUACUCCAGAAAAUCUGCCAUCUCGUGCGUCUGAAUACAACUCUCCUUCACCUUUCUUGCAGCAACUGAACUUGCAUCAAUUACAAACCAGUUCUCUAACUGCUCUAGAGAGCCCUCAAGAUGAGGAAAAUCUUGACGAUACUUUUAAUGACCCCAAACGUUCGCGUGCCUGUGAAGCAUGCAGAGGACUUAAAGUUAGAUGCGACCCUGAUCUGAGCAAUCCAGAUGCGCCCUGUAAGAGAUGCGCAAAGGCCAAUCGCAAUUGUAUCGUAACAGCCCCAAGUCGCAAGAGACGCAAAAAAACCGACAGUCGUGUGGCAGAGUUGGAAAAGAAGAUCGACGCAUUAACGGCAACUCUUGCAGCUCAGAGGACCGGCAGCCAUUCUCAUGCAAACCAGAAUGGUGAGAAUCAGCACACUCACGAGCACUUCUCAACACCUGCAUCCCCUCAGCUUAAUUUACGACAACAACAGAUAAUAAGUGGACAGUAUGGCUCUCCAUAUGCCUGUAAACCCGAAUUCUACGCUGAGGAAGCAGCCAGAAACAAUCUGCUCGUAGCCUAUCAAAAUAUACCCCAACCAACCGUGGAUCGGAAACGAAAGGUCGCUGAAAUGUAUGCAAACCAGCCCGACUCACCCACUCCGGCUUCAAGUAUUCCUGCAAACCGUGACGGUCUUACGGAUCCUUGGCCCGAUAGAAAUUUAAUGGGUCCGCCGAACUACAAGUAUAAAGAUGUUAUCGACAGAGGUCUUAUCACCUUGGAUUUGGCAAACAAAAUUUUUGAUUGCUAUAUUUAUAAAAUGGCUCCUCAGAUGCCUAUAGUUGUCUUCCCUCCCGGGACAACAAGCGAAAGAGUUCGCAUGUCAACUCCAAUCCUUUUUCUUGCUAUCCUCAGCGCAAGCUCUGGUUUGAUCUAUCCAAGAGUUCAACAGGCCCUUACAAAAGAAAUUAUGAGUAUAUUUGCUGAGCGCAUCAUUUUUCAAGGCGAAAAAUCCCUUGAAUUAAUUCAAGCUUUACAGGUUAGUACAUUAUGGUACUGGCCUUCAGAGAAAUACGAGGAACUGAAGUUUUACCAACUGAUUCAUAUUGCGGCUGUAAUGGCUAUUGACAUAGGGAUGGGAAAAAUAAACAAGGCUCUAGCCAUAGAUGAAACUGGCUUAACCCGAGAACAGCUACACAAUCAGAAGCCUAAACCUUUUGCAGAGACAUUGGAAGCUAGAAGAGCCUGGCUUGGCUGUUAUUGGCUUUGCUGCUCGGCAUCAACAACCCUUCGUCGCCCAAAUAUAAUUUGUUGGAGCUCGUUUAUCGCCGAUUCCAUAGACAUUCUCGAAAACUCCUCUGAUGCGUAUCUAUCAGAUAAAAUUUUAUGCCAGUUUAUUAAAGCCCAACAUAUUGUGGAAGAGGUGAGUAUCGAUUUUUCAACGGAUAAUCUUGAGGAAUCUGCGCAUUUAUCAGAAUCCGAAGUACAACAACUGCUCAAAAGGUUUGAGCGUGAUUUGAAAAAGUGGAUUCUAGAAUCAAAAAAAAUUACAAUGACUCCGAUUUUAAAAUUGACCGAGCACGUUGUCGAUCUAUACGUGCAUGAAGUUGCUCUACAAUUUGAUAGAACUAUAGAGCAGGUAAAAAUUAACCGCAACAAAGAGGCUUGUGAGAAGUUGAGUGGAAAACGAAAUAAAACCUCUCUCGAUUUUACUCGAAUAGAUACCUUUUCGGAUUGUUUAAAAUCAAUUGAAAGAAUUCUUGAGAUAUUUAUUAGUUUAGAUACUGAAACAAUUCGGGCUUUACCCGUGGCAAAACUUGUACAGGUAGCGUACGCUAUCACUGUAUUGAUUAAAGUAUAUUUUGUUCAUACUAGCUCAAAAAGCACAUCAGGAAACUCAAUCAGCCAAAAUGACUUCAUGAUCGAACGCUACAUAAACGAAUUAAUCGAUGUACUCAGGGCUGCAUCUGUAGAAAAUAAAUCUCAAUCCUCCGCUAAGUUUUUAGCAGCAUUAGUCAUACUCAAAACAUGGUUUCAUCAUCAAAAAGAAAAAAUAAAUCAACAAUUGAGCCUUCAGAGUGAUAGAAAGCAACCAUCUCCAUUAGACGGGCACCUCAAAAACUCAACAGAUAAAUUAUUACGGACUAGAAGAUCAACUAGCCUGAAGCAGCCAUCCUACAGUACAGCAAAUACGCCCUUACAUCUCCUCAGUGAAGUAGCUGCAAGUAAUUCUGGGGAACAAUCUAGCUCUAUCAAUGUCAGAAAAUAUCCUGCUCCGGCGAAUGGGCGACAGCAGUUGCCACAAGAAAGUUUCUCAGGCUUUAAUGAGUUAACUAAUCCUGCUUACCCAUCUUCUAGUCUACUUUCUAGAAAUAUUGACCCAUCACUUAGUUUAGAACAGAACAAUUUUUCAAGCAGAGAUGGGAUUGAUAAUUAUGGGCCAUACUUUGGCAAUGACGCCCUUUUUGGCGGGUUGAUGAAGUACUUAGUUUAA